AUGGGCUCCGGCUCGUCCGGCAGCCUCACCGAUGGCUAUGGCGCGACGCCCUCCAGUUGGCCUGGCCCACUCAAGCACGACCUCACCGAGGGACCGGCACCCGUCUCGCCUGUCUACGCAGGCAGUGUGAGCGGUUCGGAGGGCGCCAGUGGCAGCCCGCCUCUGCCUGGCUCACGGCUUGGUCCCGGCAGCCAAACACAGCAGACGCGCCCAGGCGCGCCACAGGGGCCAGGGGCGCGGACACAACCGACGCAGGCGCAGACAGUAGCAGGGGGACAUACGGCGGGACAAGGACAGGGACUGCAGGCGCCAGGCCCGGGCCAGACGCAGCAGCGGACGGCGAACGGGAAGACAUACUCGUUCGUGAGUCUGCCGGGGAACGCGGUGAAGAAGAGGCCGCGGCGAAGGUACGACGAGAUCGAGCGGCUCUACCAGUGCAGCUGGCCGAAUUGCGCCAAGGCGUACGGGACGCUGAACCACCUAAACGCGCACGUCACGAUGCAGAAGCAUGGCCCGAAGAGGAGCCCAGGCGAAUUCAAAGAGCUCCGGAAGCAGUGGCGCCAGGCGAAGAAGGAGCAAGAA